AUGGACACCCUGAACGACUUCCCGAGGCCGAUGGGGGGCAACAGCGAGCACAGCCUGGCCAGGAUCACAGAGGCGAUGAAGAUAUGCAAGGUCAGCGAGAGCUACAAGGGGCGCAUCAACAAGAACAGGAACCCGAACGAGGACGAGCAGGAAUUUCGGAGGAGGGACAUGGCGGCAGACACCAUGGGGAAGCUGGGCAAGUUCGCGGGCCACUACCUGAGGAUGGCGAUGGGGAUGCUGAUCGUCUACGCGAGAGGGAAGAAGUCCCAGUCGGCGGCGCCCAAGUCGGAGCCGGGGGUGUUCGAGCCGGACGUCUUCCGGCUGGGCCCGGAGGAGCUCAAGCGGGUGCCUGGCCUCACGAUCUCAAGAGAAGGGGUCGGGCAGAUCGCCUUCCACGGCGAGACGGACUGCAGCGGGGUGGACUUCGGGCGGGCCGUGCGGCUCGAGGUGGGCGAGGUGUGCGUCUACCCGGACGGCAGCUCGAAGCCGCCCCCGGGGACAGGCCUGAACAAGGCGGCCACGAUCGUGAUGAUGCAGUGCUGGCCCCCGAACGGGGGAGGCCGCAGUUUGGAGGACGCUGGCACCCGGGAGAAGUACAAGCAGCAGAUCAAGAAGAUGACGGAGGAGAAGAACGCGACGUUCAUCGACUACGACUGCUCCUCCGGUGUCUGGCAGUUCGCUGUCGAGCACUUCUGA